CAAAGGCAGCUCAGUUGAGCGGCAGAGACCCAGCCGAGGGCCAAGCGUACUGAAUGUUUAGUCUCGACGAGCGCGUCCGGACCAGAGGCUGACUGUGGGUGAAAAGCCACGGCGAGGCGAAUGAAGAAGCACCUAAUCUUCCAAUUCACAUACAGAGGACUUCUGACGAAAGGAAAAAAAAGUAAAAGAAGAAAAUGGAGUAUAAAUUACGAAAAGCUGAACCCCGGGACGUGUCUGAUAUAUUACGACUGGUGAAGGAACUUGCGAAAUACGAGGAGAUGGAGCAUCAGGUGACCCUGACUGAGCAAGAACUCCUUGAGGAUGGAUUCGGUGACACCCCGUUUUACCAUUGCAUCAUCGCCGAGAUCCAAGGCGCGAACAGCAGUGAUGAGCCCAAGGUGGUGGGUUUCGCCAUGUACUAUUUCACAUACGACCCCUGGGUGGGCAAGCAGCUCUACCUGGAGGACUUCUAUGUGAUGAACGAGUGCAGAGGGCUGGGCAUCGGUUCGGAGAUCCUGCGGCACCUCAGUAACCUGGCGAUGAAGACGCGCUGCACCGGCAUGAUGUUCGUGGUGGCGGAGAACAACGAGCCGUCGGUCCAGUUCUACAAGCGCCGCGGUGCCGAGGACCUCUCUCAGGAGGAGGGCUGGAGGCUCUUCAGGUUCGACAAGGACAGUCUCGUCAAGAUGGCCACUCCACCUGAGGAAUAAGAGGUCCAGCGGAGCGGGGGGGCACCUCAAACGAGUUCAGCUUUGAGACACAGGAAGUGUUUAUGACAGUAAUCUGAUGUAUUUGAUCUGUAUGUAGUUCAUAGUCUUAGUGAGCCUUUAGUUUAAUGCUCAGCUUCAGUGUUUCUCAUCUUUAUUGUAACGUCUGCUUAACUGUUUGUGUAAAAUCACCUUAACGCUUUAAAUAAAAUCAGCUGAUCACACGUCA